AUGAAUGAAUAUAAUCAAUCUUCAAACAUUGAUAAUUUUAACAACAGUAAUGAUAUUAACAAUUCGAUAAACAAUAAUCUUAUUAGCAAUUCAUCAACAUCUAAUUCAAAUAAUCAUGAAGUUUUACAACCAAAUUCAAGAUUAACAAAUUUUUUUAAAAAUAAUUAUAAUAAUAAUGAUAAUGAUAAUAGUAAUGAAAUUAAUAAUUCUAAUAAUACAAAUGAUUUAAAUUCAACUAUUCCAAAUAAAAAUGUUAAAAUUAAAUUAACAAAUAAACAUACUAAAUCAAAGAUUCAUCAAAAUAAAAAAAAGAGAAAUAUUACUUCUAGAGCUUGUGAUGCUUGUGCAAUAAGAAAAGUUAAAUGUGAUCCAAAUACACCAUGUGGUCAUUGUUUAUCAAAUAAUUUAAUAUGUACUAGAAUUAGAAUUAGAAAAAAAUCAGGUCCAAAAACUUUAACUAAUAAAACUUUGGAAUCAAUUAAUAAUUUGAGUGAAGUUAUUGAAAUAAAUUCGAAUAAAAAUCAAAAUCAACAAUUACAAGUACCACAACAUGAUAAUAAAUCAAGACCUGAAAUACAUUCGAAAGCUUCAUCAUCAUCUGCAACUAAUCAAUUUUCAAAAAGUCCUAGUUUUAUUGAAGAUGAAAUGCUAACUAGUGCUCAUUCAUUGACUCCUCCAAUUAGCAAUAGAUCAUCCAUAGCUCAAUCAUUAACUCCAAAUGAGCAAGCACUAAAUCAACAGCAACAGCAACAACAAAAUCAGCAACAGUCAACAAUCUCAACUGACGUACCGAUAAACUCAUAUCAAGAAACCAUAAAUUCAUCAACAUCAGCAAUAACUACAGAAGAUUAUCUAGUCACACCAUAUCAUUUAAUUGAAAAUUUACGACUAAUAGGAGAUGAACCAGCAAUUUAUGAAUUAAUUAAACCGCUAAUUAUAAAUACGGUCUUAACAAAUUAUUCAAAAUUAAUACAAUUUUUGGAAUCCAACUACCCAAAUAAUUCAAAUUCAACACACAAUCCACACUUAAGUGAAAUUAAUUUAAUAAAUCAUCACGAAGAUUCACUAUAUUUAUCUAAUUUGCUAAUAAUUUUAACUUUGAAUCAAAUUAUUGCAGAAUUUUUAAUAAAGUUUAAAAAGACUAAAUUUAAACAUCUUACUCAUUAUUCCAAAAAAAAAUUAAUGUUUAAUCCAUUUAAAAAUUUUAAAAAUCUUUGUCAUUUUAAAGUAUUGGAAAUAUUAACAUUAAUUGAAAAAAAUUUAAUAGUACCACCAAUCAUACCUAAAAUUAGAGCUGAUAAAACCACUCAGAAAAAUGAGCUGAAUCAACUGACUGUUUUUUUCAAUUUAUCUCAAGUUAAUUUUUAUUUAGCAAGUUAUUAUAAUAUACUUAACCUUACAAAUACUUUAAAUUCCACUAAUGAAUCAAAUAAUUCCUAUGGUAAUGAAGCUCAAGAAAAUCAAAAAAUCAUAUAUAUGAAUAAAGCUAUAACUUUUUUCCAAUUAAUCAGCAUUAAAGAAAGAGAUGACAUUAAACCUGUUAAAGAAUUAUAUGAAUUAAUAUUUACGUUUGAAAGAUAUUUUUUAGUUUUUAGUAGCUUUACUUACGGGUUCAACAUUUUCAAGAACAACAACAUAUUAUUAAAGUUGAGAGAUAAAAAGUUUGAAUCAGAAAAUAAAACAACACUAUUCCAAUUAAUGAAUUUUUGUGAUGACAUGGGUUUAAUGGAUGAUAUUUGUAAACAUUCAAGUUUUAAUGCGUUAUUAAAUUUUAAUAAAAUAAAAUCAAUUUAUUAUGACAUCAAAUCAAAGUUAUUGAAUUUAUCAAGACCUAAAGAAGAUGAAUAUAUUGAAAAAAUUUUAAUUCAAGUUAUUCUAUUUAAGAUUUUAAUUAUAAAACCUUUAAAUUUUGAAAACUGUAAAAAGGAAAUAUUUGAAAUAAUGAAUCAAAUAAGUUUCAAUUUAGAAAAAGCCGAUAAUGAUAUUUUUAAAGUUAAAAUAUCAAAUUAUCAAAUUUUACAACCAUUAUUACAUAUUUUAAAAAUCUUUUUAGAAUUGAAACAAGUUGAAGUUAAAUUAAAUUCUCCAAUUAAUUUACAAGAUCAAAAUCUUUUAGUUAGAUAUAGUGAAUUGUUAAUUAUUCAUUUACCUUUUUUCAAUAAUAUUAAUAAAUUAAUUAGAGCUCAUAAAAUUUUAAACAAUUGGUUUUUAAUGUUGAGUGAGAUAAAAAAAGAUGAAUCUGAGAUUGAUCAACAACAAUUCCAAGAACAAGAACAACUAAAAGAUCAACAAACACAGGUACGCUUGUUACAAGAACAACCAAAUCAGGCUUCGCAACAGCAACAGCAAGAAACACAUCAGUAUAAUCCUCUUCAAUCUCAACAAAUACCACAAACUCCUAUAACAGACGGUAUACCUUUACAUACAGGUAUAACACCACAAUCUCAAACUCAAUUACAAUCACUAAAUCAAUUAUCAUUUACGAAUUUAAGUCAUAUACAACUGCAACAAAGAAUUGCAUCACAAAUUGAUAUAAAUGAGUUAUUAAGAAAUUUCAAUAGUUCCUCAAAUCAAAAUUUACAUCAAAUAUUAGUUAAUCCAAUUUCAGCAACACAAUAUAAAGCAGAUGAUGAAGAAGAUGAUGAAAAAAUUGGAAAUAAAAAUCAAGAAAAAUUAGAAGUUGAUGAUGAUGAUAAUGAAGAUGAAGAAGAUGAAGCAAAUGAUUUUUUCAGUAUAAAACCAAAAAAUGAACAUGGUCAUAAAUUUAUUACUUCAGAUCAAAAACAACAACAACAACGACAACAACAAAAUUUCCAAUUACCAAUGAACAUAUCAACAUCAAUAAGUCAACAAUUCCCACAAACUCAAUCGAUUAUAAAUUUAAAUAACUUAAGUAAUUCAAGUACAAAAUCGUUUUUAAGUUUAUUAAAUGCUGCAAAUUAUAUUGAGGAUGAAGCUAAUUUCAAUUUAAUGAAUUCUACUGGAGGUAAUAAUUCAAAUAAUAAUUUAUCUGGGGAUAAUAAUGGUAGUAAUAACAACAAAUCUUUAAUUGGAGAUUCUAGUUUUUUUAAUUUAAAUAAUUUGGGAUAA